UUCGAACUUGGAUUUCUUUGUUGUUGUUAGAAAGCGAAGAAUCUGAGCUCUUCUCCAUGGGUGUCUGCAAGAGUGCGAAAUCACGUAAUCGCUAUUUCAGGCCGAGAAGGAAGGAGACGAGGUCCACCGAAGUGAAAAGAAGGCGCCUUUUAGCCUUUCAAGGGAUUUCUCUUUUUCGGCUCUUCGGCAAGCGUGUCCAGGAAAUGUCGCAACAUGCCCAUAUUCCUAAAUUUGGAAAUUGGGGAAGUGAUGGUGGUCUUAAUUACUCACAGUUUUUUGACAAGGCUCUCAGGGAAAGAAGUGAAUUGGAAGCAAAGAAAUUGAAUCAUCGUUAUGACAACCCCAAUGCCUUUCAUACAGAGAUGCCGACAGUUCAUGCCCCAUCACUUGGGACUUCACCUUAUUCAAUAGCUAAUGGUGUGCUACAUUUAAGAGGAGAAGAUGGUGAUUAUCAAAGGACUGGUAGAGUAUGUGAUGGAUCUGAUUACAGAGUCAAUCACUCUCCAACACGUCCCAAUUAUGAUAUGAAGAUUGGUGCAUGUUCUUCUUCCAAAGGAUUGUCAGGAGGUAGCCGUGCGGUCACUUUGAGCUCUGCAGGAAAAUUGAGGAUGACUGGUGUUCAAUAUGAUAAAAUACAGAUGAGCAAGGGGUCAGCUAUUCCCAAGUUUGGUGACUGGGAUGAGAGCAAUCCUUCUACGGCUGAUGGUUAUUCACGCAUAUUUAACAGUGUGAUGGAAGAGAAACAAAGAGUGUCAGCUGAAGUUUCUCAAGUAUCAAACGAUAAGACAUAUGACAAGGAUCAUGAUAGCAACCAUGAGCCCUCAGGUUGUUGGUGCUUUCACUGGUGCAGAAAGUAGAAAGAGCUCCUUAAUAGAUCAUGAAGCUUUGGUCUUGUAAAUAACCACUAGAGGAACAACACACUUUGUUAUUGCUUGUGUGUGCCGGAUUUCUUCAGAGGUGCAAUCUGUUUAUGCUGUGCCUUCUGAUAGUAAUCAAACAAUGGAGAGUAGGUCAUAUGGCAUUGCUUGUGUCCAGUCUCGUAUCUGUGACACUACAAAGAUCACAAUGUUGCAGAUUGUCUCAAUGUGUCUUCAUGAGUUGGUAUCAUAAAUCCACCAGAUUCAUGUUCUGUGUGGCAUCGUGGAUGAGAAUAGUUCUUCGAGCAGUUAGAUUCUCUUUGUUAAGCAAUUAAUGAAGUUUUGGUUUGGGAAUUCCAAUUGAAUUGUAUGUGCCGGGCAA